CCGCCAUUAUAACGCAGAGAAAAAUAAAUUAUUAAAAAAAAAAAAAAAAAACACUUUGACGGAGAGAAGUGUUGUGGUUGAAGCGGUGAUGAGGGGAUUGGCAAGAGUAUUGAAGCGAGGUCUGUCUCUUUCGUGUCAACAGCGACGAUUAGGUUUCGGCGAAGCGAAAAAUGGCUGUUUUAUCUUUUCUUCUUCCAAAACGAUGUCGUAUUUAUCAAAUUCAAUCACUUCUCAAAAUUUUACGCUUCUGAAGACUUUCCCUGUUUCGUCUUUUCCAUCCGGAAAAUGGAACCUUUUUCGAGGGCAGAGAAGGACGAUGUUUAUACAAACGCAGUCGACACCGAAUCCUUCAUCUCUCAUGUUCUAUCCAGGGAAGCCUGUUAUGGAGGUUGGAAGUGCAGAUUUCCCAAAUGCGCGUGCAGCUAUGAAUUCUCCAUUGGCAAAAGCACUUUAUGGAAUUGAUGGUAUUACUCGAGUGUUCUUUGGUUCAGAUUUUGUCACAGUAACAAAAUCAGAUGAUGUUUCUUGGGAUAUCCUUAAGCCUGAAAUUUUUGCUGCAAUCAUGGACUUCUAUUCUUCGGGGCAGCCCUUGUUUCUAGACUCAGAAACUGCUACAGCCAAGGACACUGCUAUUCAUGAAGAUGACUCAGAAACUGUUGCAAUGAUCAAAGAACUGCUAGAGACUCGUAUUCGGCCUGCAGUGCAAGAUGAUGGAGGAGACAUUGAAUACUGUGGAUUUGAUCCUGAAACUGGAGUUGUCAAAUUGAAAAUGCAAGGAGCAUGUAGUGGCUGCCCGAGUUCAUCUGUCACAUUGAAAUCUGGCAUAGAAAAUAUGCUGAUGCAUUAUGUACCUGAGGUUAAAGGUGUAGAGCAAGAAUUAGAUGCUGAAGAUGAGGAGGCAGCACUAACUGGCCAGAUGCAGUAGUCGAGCCUUUUAAUAUUUUUCCAUUGCAUAGUGUACUCUGAUUAAUAGCCGGAUGGAUAAGGUCUCUGAUAUGCCUUCCUGUACAGGAGCAAAUAAAGAUUGUGGGCUGAUGAACUUUAUUUACAAGUACAGGUAUUUUAUGUUGUUCCUGUCAGCCAAUUGCAGUGGAUAGGGCUUGGGUGCUGUAUGAUUUGUAUCUCUAGUGACAAAAAUUGUCUGGCGUUUCUGUAAUCACUAAUUAUCUUUGUGGGGCACAUAGCUACCAAAAUUUAGGAUCCGAAACUCAUUGUUUUUGCACUAUCCAUAUCAUAUAGAUGAAUAAAAAUUAUUUGAUGGA